AUGGCCGGACUAACACCACCUCUGCAGUUUCUGCGCGAAUACAAGCUGGUCGUAGUAGGAGGAGGAGGCGUGGGAAAGUCAUGUCUGACCAUCCAACUCAUCCAGAGUCAUUUCGUCGAUGAAUACGAUCCUACAAUUGAAGAUUCCUACCGAAAGCAAUGCAUGAUCGAUGACGAAGUUGCACUCCUCGAUGUCCUGGAUACCGCCGGUCAAGAAGAAUACUCAGCAAUGCGGGAACAAUACAUGCGCACGGGAGAAGGAUUUCUACUGGUUUAUUCCAUCACCUCCCGGCAGUCCUUUGAAGAAAUCAUGACAUUCCAACAACAAAUCCUGCGAGUCAAAGAUAAAGAUUACUUCCCCAUCAUUCUAGUCGGCAAUAAAUGUGAUCUCGAAUCCGAGAGAAUGGUUUCCACAGAGGAGGGUGAACAAUUAGCCAAAAACUUUGGUUGCAAAUUUAUCGAGACCUCGGCCAAAUCAAGAAUACAUGUCGAUCAAGCCUUCUACGACCUCGUUCGAGAAAUCCGGAGAUACAACCGUGAAAUAUCGGGUUACUCAGGUGGUCCUCAAAUGGGCUCCCACGCCCCCGGCCAAAAGUUUGAAAUGGACAACCGAGCAGAUGACGCCGGCUGUUGCAGUCGAUGUGUGGUGAUGUGA